AUGAAGCUGAACAUAAUGGCUCGACCAUUACACUGGGGCCUCCUGCUUCUUUGUGUAGGCUUCUGUAGCCAGCUAGUGUCCACUGGCAACCAAAGCUCCCGAGGACAGACAGGGUCAUCGCAGGAGAGGACAGGGACUUGUGAAGUGGUUGCUGCUCAUCGUUGCUGCAAUAAGAACAAAAUUGAAGAACGCUCUCAAACAGUCAAGUGCUCCUGCUUCCCAGGACAGGUGGCGGGGACAACAAGGGCUCUACCCUCUUGUGUUGAAGCUUCCAUUGUGCGACAGAAGUGGUGGUGUAAAAUGAAGCCGUGUCUGGAGGGGGAGGAGUGCCGAGUUCUCCCUGACCUCACUGGCUGGUCGUGCAUCUCUGGGAACAAAGUAAAGACCACAAAGUCUGUUCAGCUUCUCCACAAAGCUGAACUAUUAUACCAAACCUCUUUUUGCAUACCUGUAGUUAUUGUGUACUAUAUGCUGUGUUGUUCACAAUAG